AUGGCUAUUCCGAUGUACGAAGCAUAUUACAACGUUUGGCGUGGUGGAAAAUACAUUUACAAGAUCAACGAAUUGCACGAACAGUAUGGCCCCGUCGUUCGAAUCUCACCUUACGAUUUACACGUCGGAGAUCCAGAAUUCUAUGAGAUCCUUUAUCCUAGUGCCACCACUGGAAGGAAGGCGAAUAAGGAAGGAAGUUUGACGAAGUUUUUGGGGAUAGACGACUCAUUGUUCACUACAAUGGAUCACGAUAUCCACCGGAUGCGACGUACGGCUCUGAUGCCAUUCUUUAGCACGGCACAUGUGAGGAAGAUGCAGCCCGAUUUGCAAGAAAGAAUCGAUGUUCUUUUGAGAAGAAUUUCUGCUUUCAAGGACACGGAUGAACCGUUGAAUGCUAAUUGUAUAUUUGCAGCAUUCAGCAACGAAACCCCAGAUUUUGAUUCAACAGAGCGUGAUGCUUCUUUGUCGGGCGCAAUGUCAUUCCACAUUAUGAAGCGCAUUCCCUGGUUAAACAGUGUGAUGAUGGCAUUGCCAGAAUGGUUUGUUCAGACCCUGAGCCCGACACUCGGCUCGUUCUCUCGUCAGAAGCGCAAGACCCGAGACCAAGUUGCACAUGCUAUCGCAACGAAAGAUGAAUGGUCAGGGAGAGAUAUUCAAUCUGUCUUUCGAGGUCUUGCAGAUUCUCCCAAGUUGCCACUUCACGAGAAAACGGUGGAUAGGCUGGCGCAAGACGCCCAAAUGUUACUCAUGGCUGGUACGCUCACCAUGGCUUCAACGUUAGAGCAUAUGAUCUAUUGGAUCUCCGAUAAUCCCAAUGUGUUGCGGAAACUCAAGCAAGAGUUGAAAAGCGUGAUGCCAUCGAUCAACGACAGCGACAAAGUCACGCUUGCAACGUUGGAAAGUCUUCCCUACAUGACAGCCGUCAUCAAAGAAAGUGUUCGAUUGAUAUAUGGCAACUCGUGCCCUCACUUCCGGGUUUGCCCCGACCAACCCUUGUAUCUUGAAGACAAGGCAAGAGGUAAGACUUGGACAAUUCCGCCGGGUACGUCGGUGGGAAUGACCAGCGUUCUGCUUCAUCACAACGAAACGAACUUCCCCGAUAGUUACAAAUUUGAUCCUGACCGUUGGCUGGGUGAAGCUGGAAAAAAGUUGGAGAAAUACCAGGUGGGAUUUGGCAAGGGAGGCCGCAUCUGUCUAGGAAUGCAUCAGGCCUUUGGAAUGUCACGUCUGAUACUGUCGCAGUUUUGGAGGUUAUAUGCCAGCCCUGAUGUGAGGAUUGGCGAUGAAGUUGGCGUGCUCAGUUUGUAUAACACGAGCGCACAUGAUGUGGAAAUGAACGGUGACUUUUUCAUCGCGGCGUACAACAAGGCCCAGGGUGUCGAGUUCAAAAUCGCAAGCAUUUAA